AUGUGCGUAUGCGCGGCGGCGUUCAUGUUCUACCUGGGAUCCAGCGUGGUAGCAAGCAUUGUAGAGGACUUUCCAUAUACGACUAUCGUUUUGAAGAUUGUUCGAUCUGCGCCUGUGGGUCUUAUCAUGAAGAAGCUUUCGAAGCUCCUAGCGCUCAUAUUGAAAUGGGCAUCAUUGAUCUCAUUGUGUGUCAUCGGGUUAUCUCCACUGCCGUUUAUUGCUGUAGUGCUUUUACCCCUGGCCCUGAUAGAUACUGUUUGCGGGCGCCCGUUUUGGGAUGACGAUAGCUACUGGAGGCGUGCCUUCGACAGCAUCUGGGAUAAUUAUACGAGCACCUUUGUGGUCUCAACAAUGUCUUAUUUUAUUAAUAAGAUUGAUGAUCUGGAGCCCAGUUGGCUUUCCGAUUUGAUUGCUCGUUUGAUCAGCCACUUCGCAGACACUGUUUUUGGCCAUUUUACUUCUGAUCAAGUCACCAGCCAUUGCUUGCACUGGCUCAUAAAGUACUGCGAGACUCCCAGCUCCACUACUGUUGCUCUCCAAGCUAUUUCAGGAGCCGCCAGCAACAUCCCGCCUGGUCCACUCAAGGAUUGCGAGGCAUCCUUCAAGAUACUUCAGCGCCUUGUCUCCGGUGGCUCCGGUCCCACAGCUGUUUACGAUGCCUCACUAUAUGCCCGUGCUCUGUCAGCACUGACUACACUGUCUCAAUCCAAGUUCAAAGAACCGAGUACGAGCACAGAAGAUCUCGCAGUCAUGAUCUGGAACCUGAAGCUGCAGCACGAACACAAUCUUACUGUCAUGAUUGGUGAUGGAGAGUUUGUAGCAACAAAGAAGAACCUCGAAGCACUUCAGACUGGCAACUCCGCUUCGUCGUAUGCCAUACGUCUGUUACAAGGUAGCGAUCCGGGGGCAAAGAAGGCUAUGAAAGCGAUCAUGACCCUGCUGAGUAUCAACGCUCACUCCAGCUACCAGCAGCUUCAUCCAGCAGCGGUCCGGUCACUAGCCAAUGGGGCGGCCUUGCUGGAGGCCUGUUCGGAUGCACCGCUACUCUCAAUAUCGGAUGUUCAACACUUUAUCAUAGCCUACCAAACAUACAUCAGAAAAAGUAGAUACAGUACACUUCACGAUGUUACAAAUCUAGGGGUAGCACUGACGCCAUUGGUCGACGCAUUGCGCCAUCGGUACCUGAUCAAAAAUACAGGCAUCUCCAACGCCAGUGUUUCUGAUAGCGCUAGUGUCUACCUCCUUCAAGCCCUACGUCGCUCUGCAGAUAAAGAUGAACAAGACGUCAGUGGCCUGGUUCAACUGUACUGGAUAUGGUGCACCGAAGUCGCAACAAACCCAGCCCAGUGCGGACUAGACCCCAGCUCCUCCGAGCUUACACGCCUCAAAGCCUGGUGCAGCCGCUAUCUCAGUCACCGUAUACCCCAAAGGUACGGACAAUCCGACCUCAGCGAUCCGACCCCCGGGGGUGCGAGCUCCCUAUAA